AUGGCAGACGGAUGGAGGUCUGGAACUCAGCAGGCUCUCGAAGACAACGAAACAUCACCAACGGAAAUGGAUCAGAAUCUGCCAGACCACGUAGCCAAUCCAGACCGUCAGAUCAUCGACGUGAAGCUUGUAAAUCGCCUCCAAGGUCGCCCGUUCAUGGCUUGCUGCAGACGCUGGCAGGGUACCACUGGUCAGAUGCUAGCAGAGAUCGCUAGAGCACUUAGACUAGGAGUCUACGAACUUUACAGCCUUGAGGUCACGGCAGAGUACGUGUAUGGCUUUGUGAAGAUGGAGGGGUCAAGAGGGGAGAUGAGGGCUGCGCAUUUGAAGAACACUCCUACUUUUCCAGAGUACGGUAUGAUUCUUUCGAGUGGGACUGUCUUGGCGACUUCCAAAGCUGAUACCUUGCAACGUGCUUGUGUACAAAUCCUUAAAACUCCUACGCAAUGUUAG